GGCUGUGGAAGAGAAGUCAGUUUCAGAGUUACUCAGAUAAGUUGCCAAUGGUUUGCAUAAUAAAUUAAGGCCUUUAGCACGCUCAGAUAGAUUCCAUAGAUGACACUCCUGUGAGGUAGAUGGCGGUAUAAAACUCAACGCUGGUUGCUAACCACCAUUCAAUGCAAACAUGAGGAAGUUAAGACUACGUUUACAUUGAGUCAAUGAUGAUAUCGGGCUUCUUCACAAUCUUUGCAAAUGGAGAAAACCUUUAGUGAGUGGAAGAAACGGUGUCUGAACAAAUGUGACAUAAGUAAGAAAGGAAAUGUGGAUGAAGAUAUUGAGCACUUGGUGUCUUUGCUCAAUAGCUUCGAGGAGUAUUUCACCACCAGUUCAUGCUCCGGACGCAUUACAGUAAUUGACACGGCUCCCGAAAGCUGUGUUGUACAGAAAAAAAAUCUUGUCUGGCUUUUUGUCUCACAUUCAAAAUGCAAAGUUGAUGAUGUGAUGUCUGCUCUGGACAGCUCUUGUGGAACUGCUGUGCUGAAGUUUGAGCCAUUUGUGCUCCAUCUUCAGUGUCGGACACUAGAGGAUGCACACCUAAUGCUUUCAGCAGCUGUCCAGUCUGGCUUCAGGAACUCUGGUCUCACUUUGAGCAAGACUGGGAAGAUCAUCAUGGCAGUCCGCUGUACCCAUAGCCUGGAAGUUCCGCUCGGUAACCAAGGCAAGCUCUUGGUUUCGCAUGAGUAUGUAGAUUUCUUAAUUGGGAUAGCCAAUCAAAAGAUGGAAGAGAAUUUAAGACGAAUUGAAAGGUUUUACCAGAGCAUCCAGACCAUGAUGAAAAACAAGCAGCAAAAACUCCUCAACAAAGAGAAGCGUAUGAAGAAAAAGAAGGAAUCAGUUGUGUCUGAGCAGAGGCAAAAACUAAGAUGUCAAACUGAUGAUUGCCAGAGCAAUGGAGGCAGCAAUGGAAUAGGACUAGAUGAAGACCUGCAAUUAGCUCACUGUUUUAAUAGUGUUCUUGAAAGUAUAUCUGCCCCUGGCACAUUUGCAGGUGUUGAUGGGGGAAACGGAGCAUGAUUGUAAAGUUUGAUAAAUAUCUGGGGUUGCCAUCUUUGUCUCGUCUUGUAUUUGCCAAAACAACACGUCCGCAAUCCCCCUGGUUAAUUUCACUGCAAGGUGUCAUCUUAGCAACCGAUAUGAUGUCAGGUCAUUGACUGAGACUUCCCGUGCAGCCACCCCUCGCUUUUGAGUGAUACGCCAGACCAUAGUUGUUGACAUAUUGUCGUCGAUAAAGUGGAGUAUUCUGACAGAAGUCAAGAAGAAAUGAGAUCACAGGGAUAUUUCAUUGUUUUAGAAUCCACCAAUGACAAUGGCGAGACUGACUCAGAUUCGUCAAAGGAAGAAAAUGCCACGUUGCGCAAGAGAGACGGCCGGGUGGGGAGCACGGCUGCUGCUUGGUGCAGAUGCGAGUCGGAUUCGCUCUGCCCUGCACAUUUAAAGAAGUAGAAGGCGCGGCUGCUGCAUCUGUACCCUCCCUGCAUUCCACCAAAGCAGCUUUUUCAUGGACUGCAAUCCUGUGCCAGCAGAUACUGCCAAUAGUGAUUCAGACUCGCCUUUGAACGGCUCUAUGUCGCGGCUCCUCUCGCCGGAGCUAAGACGAAGCAAAUCUGUCUGCGAGCAUUAGCUGAAAUGGAAAAUUGAAGCUCUCAAUUUUUCAAGCUUGUUGAUACAUGAAACAAUGUUUUAAACAAUCACUCAACAUCAAUUCCCUUGCAACUAAAUAAACACACUAAAAUGUCCCCCUCUGCGACAGUUUUGACAUUGUUUUGGGAAUAUUUCUGAAAAGACAGAAGGCGAUAAAUAAAUAUCACAAGAUUGUCUCAUCAGGAGACGCCUUUUUAAAUAUCGUGUACACAAUGCAAGAUCUCUCCCCUGGUCUGGCUAUAGUUGCACUAGAUGCUGAAAACGUGUUUGAUCAGAUGGACUGGCAUUAUUUCUUCAAAGUCCUUACCAGAUUCAAUCUUGGAGCUACUUUUGGAUCACUUGUUGGACUCAUCUACAAAAAUCCUACGGCACGAAUACUAACCAACAGAGUACUGUCGUCUUCCUUCACACCGGGCAAAUGGACAAGAUGGCCAUCUUUUCCCAU